AACUAAACGCAUUUGAAGUGUUGAGUUGUUGAUUGUAGCCUUUGCAUUUAUGUUCCAAUUUUUUUAUUUUCAAUCCGUUUUAAGUUAGUUUCACUAAUGUUUUUGACUCCACCGUAGUUUUAGGAUGACAAUGGAAAGGAGGAUAAAGUUAAAAGCACUAAACAGUCACAUUACUUGCAAGAUAUGUCGCGGAUACUUCAUCGACGCGACUACGGUCACUGAGUGUCUUCAUACGUUUUGUAAAAGCUGCCUGGUGAAACACUUGGAGGAGAAUAACACCUGUCCAACAUGCGACAUAGUUAUACACCAGUCCCACCCACUACAGUACAUCAGCUUCGACCGGACAAUGCAGGACAUAGUGUAUAAGUUAGUGCCUGACCUGCAGGACAAUGAGAUAAAGCGUGAGCGUGACUUCUACCGGGCUCGCAAUCUGCCUUGCCCCAAGGAUGCGGCACUCGCUGCAGACAAGCCUGGGGCUGAUGAGCCUGAACAGCCAGACAAUACUGACUGUCAUAGGAAAGAUGAACAGGUUAAUGUAUGCCUGGAGUGCAUAUCAACAUCCCUGAGGACUCUAAAGCGCAGCUUCAUCCGGUGCUCGGCUCAGGCCACCAUUACACACCUAAAGAAGUUUAUAGCUAAAAAGGUUUUAAGUGGCAUGGAGAAGUAUAGAGAAAUUGAUAUACUAUGCAACGACGAAUUACUAGGCAAGGAUCAUACAUUAAAGUUCGUGUAUGUAACACGUUGGCGAUUCCGCGACCCGCCAUUGAGACUGCAGUAUAGACCUAAAAUUGAUUUGUAGGGAGGAUAAAGGAAUUUUAUAAAAUUUGAAAACUCAACAUAACACUUCCCAAUUAGAUAUUCGUCAGGAAUAAACUAGGCCUCCUUAUUUUUGAAUAAAUAAGAAACAGUAUUGCAGAUGGCGCGAAAAUCGCUUCUGUAAUUUUAUACAGAAAAUAAUUUCAAAGCGUGUAUGAUUUAAAAUUUCCAUAAAUGGAUGUCUAGCUUACUGACACAAAAAAUGAAACGUAA